GAGAACUUGAUCUUGACCAACACGUUCAGAUUCGUGGGAAAAAAAAAAAACUCAACAGCUAAACCCAGUCAGAGUCAUAAAUCCUAAAAGGGUUUCACUUAAACUUUCUUGGAUAUCUGAGCCCAGCUUCAGCCUUUUUGGCGGCAUUUUCUCUCUUUUUUCACAUAUUAUUAAAAAAAAAAAAAAAAAUCCCUCCCCACUCUCGUGAAUUAACCUUCACCCAGUCCCUGUGGUCGCCCACUCCUUUCCGGAGAGGGUGUAAAGUUGAAGUUGGACCAGAGAUGCGGUGCCUUCUCCCGCUUACUGUGUAUUGCAUCAGCCUGGUUUCCCUCCAGCAGCUUCAGGCUCUACCGGUCGAGGAGCGCCCCGACAGCAACAGGUUGGACCUCCUCAGCAAGCUCAUCAACCAGAGAGAGGACAACUCCUUGGUGUCAGGAAGCCAGCCGAAUCUUGCCACCCCCUCUUCAGCUUCCAGACAAUCUCCAAAAUGGCUGCUGGCUUUCCUCAGACUUCCACCGGCCUCAGGAGUGAGAACAGCCUCUCCAAGUCUGGCAUGGCUCACUGAAGCUUUGCAGAUGAAGAAGAGGGCUCUGAGAGUUCGUCGCCAUGCCCACUCAGGUUCGCGAGGGGGCCACCACUACCCUCAGCACGCCCAGCUGAUGAGAGUGGGUUGCGUCUUGGGAACCUGCCAAGUGCAGAACCUCAGCCACCGGCUCUAUCAGCUCAUUGGUCAAAGUGGCAGAGAGGACUCGUCCCCCAUUAACCCCAGAAGCCCCCAUAGUUACGGAUGAGUUAGACACGUCCAAACACCCACAACCAGUCUAUGUAUAUCUCCAUUUAUUUAUCUCUUAAUGUAUUACUGGUAGUCUUUGCAUUAAAGUUUGAUGUAGUCCAUAACUUUUGUUUAUCCAUCUCAAAAUGACAAUUAUACUGAGCGUCACGCCUUGCUACUUUUUGUGCUGAUUGAUGGAUUUAAAGAUUCAAAUUCAAGAUCCUAACUUUUUGAAACCCCUGAUUUCAGUUCUCCCACCAUCCUGAGAACAUUUGAAAGACAUUGAAGUCGUUUCGAUUCUCCCUCCUGAAGGUUUGACGUCUUAAUCCUGUUAAUGUAAGAAUGAGGGCUUGUCUUCAACACCAUCCAGUGGCCUGGUCCUGUCUGCCAACUGACCUCCCCAGUGGUGGUUAUCCUGCGGCUCAUUGAUCAAACACUUAAGCCCUUGAUGUGGAUUUCAACUUGCUCUCUGAGCUGGAGCCUUGUCAAAACCAAUGUAUUCCCAAAGACCUCUUAAAUGACCCAAUGAACCCUUUUACCUUUUUUUUUUGUGCCCAACCUUUUUGUCAUUUUUUUGUCAUUUCACAACUGCAUAUUUGAGUAUGAACACUGACAUCCCUGGAAUAGUCCACAAGCUUUCAGCUGAACUGGGAAUUCAUCACUCAGCGGGAAUUUGUGUUUCGAGACCACAGUUUACAUUUGAAACCAGCCACAGCUCUUGGGUUAUACCCAAUUUUAAGAGCAUUCAGGACUUAACCACAUGGGCUCCACACUGAAAAAGAAAGUUCAGAAUCUAGUGCUUUGGGAGGAAUCUGAACACCCAAAGGAUCAGUGUCUGUGUUGCAUUAUAGUGGCUGCUUGGCUGACACAGUAGUAGUAAACCUUGGAGCCAUGGAUCAGCAAUCUGUGAUCUGCUGGCAUUUUCCCUGCCAGAGGCUGAGUCUGAAAUAUUAGCCCUUUCACGUGAUUCAUAAGUUCCCCCUACAAGUCAGGACCUUUGGUUGACAGCAGUUUAAUAAACCUGGCUUAAUCACUUCAGUCAUAUGUACCGCCACAGCAGGGGAGGGGGGGCCCUGAGCCUCCCAUGGUCACACUCAACACUAAUACAUAAAUAUUAAGGCGGAUGGCUUCCGCACAGUUGCACACAUGCAGCCUUGAAGGGUCAGUUCACCUAAAAUACUCAAAUCAACAACACUACUCUCUUAUUUUGGAAGUAUUUUGGGGAUUUUCCUGGAGACAAAUGUCACUGCUGAAUUACGUCUCAAACAAAAUACAGUUCACCUCCACUGUGUUUGGGUGGAGGUAGAAAUCUCAUUCACACAUUCGGCCAAAUAAAACCCAAACUAACUUUGCAUAGGUACAUUAGAAAACAUUUUUCCCUUGGUAACUUGGGUGAACUGACCCUUUAAAUGGUUCUGUGCCAAAAACAAAAAACAUUUUUUAAUAAAAGUACAGUGAGAUGAUGCUUCAUAGCAAGCGACCAAUUAAGCAAAGUGGACUCUGGGAAUAGAUUAAUACUCUCAAGUGCAUCUAGUAGUGUUUUUCCUUUUAUGUUCAGUUUGAGGUUGUAAGACAAUGAGAUGUUUUGGGGCGUCAUUUGCUAUAAAUUGGCAAAAACUAAAAGUGGAGGUCAUAAUGAGGCUCUAAAACUGGCAAAUCCACCAAUAAGUCCUCCAAUCUUCUAAAAGAACACACUUGUCUUUGUAUAUGGUGGAUUAUGAUGAUUUUUAAUUAGAAUAUAUUUGAAAAAGUCAACUGUUCCUUACAUUUCUUAAUGGAAAUACCUGACAAAACCGUGCACAAUACAGUAUAUAUCAAAUUUUAUUGGAAGCACAUUGUAUGUUAAAUGGGUUUAAAGCAGUUCACGAGGCGGCGGCUUCAAGCUCCACUGUUACAAUGCGGGUUUCUAAUGAGAGACCACAGUGACCAAAAUGUUAGGUGUCAGAGAGCCCAAUUUCAAAUGUGUGUACACAAAAUAGCGUAGCACCAUCGAAAAUACAUGCCCAGACAUUUCCUUUUUCUCUAUUUAUGUCCGUCUUUGAAAUGGUGGGCAGAUGAUGGACUGAGAAUAACUGAGGUCAGGCUCUCCUCACAGUGCAGGCUAGAAUUUGACAGGCCUUAAACUUUCCAAAAACAAAAAAAAAAAUGCAACCAAAACUACUAAAACCGAUAUUGUUAGUGAGAAAACAUGUUUAUGUUACAUAUUAUUUACAUACUUCUGAGACUUCUAUAUUGUAGCCUGAUGUUGAGUUGUUUAGUGUUUCUUUGUAGGAAUACAGGCCAGACUUUCUGAUUUAUGUGCAGUCAUUAGAUUAUUAAUUAUUCAGUCAUAGAGGUACUUUAGUUUUUGUUAUUCUGCACAUAAUUCACAAACGUAAAAGUUAUGUAAUCAUAAGAGCAUGAGCUUAAACUCACCAAAUACCUGGCAAUACUUGACAUCAUACAUUAAUGUGCUCUUUUACAUCUUAUUCGGGGUGUCCUAUCUUAUUCUUCCUCAUCAACAGCUUCUUCAUAUAUUUAGUCUCUCGGCCCAUCUUGCCUUUCUUUUCCUCUCAUCUGUAAUCAUUGGAGCCUGGAGGUCACAGGGUAAUAAUCAUUGGUUCCUUUAGCCCUAAAUCUAAUCUGUUCAAAGGCUUGCUGAGGUGAAACAUGCCAUUCUCUCAGCUGUAACGGAGCUAAUCAAUGUCUCGUGACGAAUCAUUAAAAGGCUUUUUAAACGCUGAAAAACCCUGGUGGAUCUCUCUUCUUUUUCAAAAUGUACCUUUUCACACAUCUUGUGUGCGUGCGUAUGUGUUUGAGCUGAAGUAUGCACCUUAUCAGGACGUUUUAUCUCCUGUGUUUGAUCGGUGCUCGGGACCAUUGUGCUCCCAGGCUUUUUCUUUUUGCGUAGUAUGUUUUUAUGACGUCAGGCAUUGCGUCUUGUUGAGUUGUGUAAGCAAACUGUGCACGACCGCUAAUACCUCCCCCGUAGAAACAUGUAGAGCUCUCGUGGCUCCUUACUGCAAAAACACAUAACAGUAGGAAUGAGUGCAGAGUUAGCCUGUUGAAAAUGUCAGUUUUGUACAAUGUAGGAAGAUCUCAGUAGGUUUGCUUUUGCUUUUUUCCUUUUGAAAGUCACCUGAUCGCUUUAGGGUCACAGGAAAGCACUUUAAUGCAAGCAUGUGUAUCGAUAGUCUCUCACGGCUUGAAUUUCACUCAUUGUAAUUAACUUGUGAACGUUGAACGAGGUUCCUCUUGUAAAUGUUGCAUCUGAGAUUGAAUGUGUUUGAAGAUGUCAGUGCACUACAUGUGGCAUCAGGAUGACUGUGAUUUAUACUUAUAUAGGUAUAUAUAAGUAUACUUAAAUAUAUGUUACUGUGUGUGUGUGUGUGUGUAUUCAGCCAAACUAUUUAAAGAAACUUGUAUAUUUAAAUGAUCUUUGUAAGUUAAUAUCUGUAUGUCACCAAAGACUAUUUAUCUCAUCUUUUCCACUGCUCCUUAAACGUGACCUUAUGGUAGGACAGGAAGUCUUAACUGUAGUUAAAAUGUUACUGUUUGACAAUGUCCUUCACUCUGUAAAAUAAAGAAUUAUACUGUAG